CGCGCGCGGCCGGGCCCUGCCCUCCAUGGUGUCCCGGCCGGAGCCUGAGAGCGAGGCCAUGGACGCGGAGCUGGUGGUCACGCCGCCGGGCUGCACGCACCUGAGCAGCUUCAAGGUGGACAACUGGAAGCAGAACCUGCGCGCCAUCUACCAGUGUUUCGUGUGGAGCGGCACGGCGGAGGCCCGCAAGCGCAAGGCGAAGUCGUGCGUCUGCCACGUCUGCGGCGUCCACCUCAGCAGGCUGCACUCCUGUCUCCACUGCGUCUUCUUCGGCUGCUUCACGAAGAAGCACAUCCACGAGCACGCCAAGACGAAGCGACACAACCUGGCCAUAGAGCUGAUGUACGGGGGCAUCUACUGCUUCUUGUGUCAGGACUAUAUCUACGACAAAGACCUGGAGGUCAUCGCCAAAGAGGAGCAGCGGAAAGCCUGGAAGAUGCAAGGUGUCGGAGAGAAGUAUUCCACUUGGGAACCAAGCAAACGGGAGCUCGAACUGCUAAAACACAACCCGAAAAGGCGGAAGAUCACCUCUAACUGCACCAUAGGUCUGCGGGGGCUGAUCAACCUCGGGAACACCUGCUUCAUGAACUGCAUCGUGCAGGCGCUAACCCACACGCCGCUGCUGCGGGACUUCUUCCUGUCCGACCGGCACCGCUGCGAGAUGCAGAGCCCCAGCUCCUGCCUGGUGUGCGAGAUGUCCUCGCUAUUCCAGGAGUUCUACUCCGGGCACCGCUCCCCCCACAUCCCGUACAAGCUGCUGCACCUGGUGUGGACCCACGCCCGGCACCUGGCUGGCUACGAGCAGCAGGACGCCCACGAGUUCCUCAUCGCGGCCCUGGACGUGCUGCACCGGCACUGCAAAGGUGGGGUGCGCGCUCCCGCAGAGGGCUCGCUGGCCUGUACAUCGGGUGACGACAAUGGGAAGAAGGCCAGCAACCCCAACCACUGCAACUGCAUCAUAGACCAGAUCUUCACGGGGGGGCUGCAGUCGGACGUCACCUGCCAGGUCUGCCACGGCGUCUCCACCACGAUAGACCCCUUCUGGGACAUCAGCUUGGAUCUGCCCGGCUCUUCCACGCCAUUCUGGCCCCUGAGCCCAGGCAGUGAGGGCAGCGUGGUGAACGGGGAGAGCCACGCAUCGGGGACCACCACGCUCACGGACUGCUUGAGGAGGUUCACCCGACCAGAGCACCUGGGCAGCAGCGCCAAGAUCAAGUGCAGCGGUUGCCACAGCUACCAGGAGUCCACCAAACAGCUCACCAUGAAGAAGCUGCCCAUCGUAGCCUGUUUCCAUCUCAAACGAUUCGAACACUCGGCCAAGCUGAGGCGCAAGAUUACCACCUACGUGUCCUUCCCCUUGGAACUGGACAUGACCCCGUUCAUGGCGUCCAGCAAAGAGAGCAGAAUGAACGGACAGUACCAGCAGCCCCCGGACAGCCUCAGUAACGACAACAAGUACUCCUUGUUCGCGGUGGUCAACCACCAGGGCACCCUGGAGAGCGGCCACUACACCAGCUUCAUCCGUCAGCACAAGGAUCAGUGGUUCAAGUGUGACGAUGCCAUCAUCACGAAGGCCAGCAUUGCAGACGUGCUGGACAGUGAGGGGUACCUCCUGUUCUACCACAAACAGUUCCUGGAGUACGAGUAGUCUUGUCCACAGCUGAUCAGAAAACAGGCCUGAGUUGUCAAGCCUCACAAAAUACUCCCCGACCACCUAGCAUCAGGCCACCAGCCACACAGAAGUGCCCCCACGACCUUUGGGUCCUCUGCCGCCUGGGCCCAGAUCGAGGGGUUUGAAUGGACAGAUGGCUGUGGUGGAGGAAGCUCCAGGGGCCGCACCCCAGAAAAAUGAAAUGAGGGCUGUGCUCCUCGCGGGGGGCAGAGGAGAUGUAUUGCCCAUGUAUCUCCUCUGCUCCUCAGACAAGGUGUGGGUGACGACGUGUGCCCCCCAGCACAGGGCCUGGCCCUGGUGCACGGGCUCUGCCACAUGAUGGUGCAGGGUAAUUUUAAAAGGCUCCCACCCAUGUCCCACAUGUGGCCCGUGGCCCAUGCGUGGGCUGUGGCCUGUGGCCCACGCGUGGCCUGUGGCCCACGCAGGGCUCACUGAAGCACUGAGAGGACAGGCGUCGCAGGAGCACCGAGGGUGCAGGUGUUCUUGUGGCUGUGUGUGGCCUCUGUGUGGUGAGGGCCCUUGGCUGCUGCCUGGAGCCUGUGGGGUGGCGUUCUUCUGCG